UCUAUUGACGUGUCGUAUUCUGUUAUUGAGGAAAAACACAGGGCAGAUUUUCAUGCUACUUCUAACCACCGGAUAUUAUUACCGACAGACUGACAAUGUCAGAGCCCAUCAAGCAGGAUAUCGCAGCUAUUUUUAAGCGACUUCGCUCCAUUCCUACGAAUAAGGUUUGCUUUGACUGCUCAGCUAAAAACCCCAGUUGGGCCAGCAUCACCCAUGGUGUGUUCCUGUGUAUAGACUGCUCCGGGACACACAGGUCUCUUGGGGUGCACUUGACCUUUAUUAGGUCCACUGAGCUGGAUUUCAAUUGGUCAUGGUUUCAGCUAAGAUGUAUGCAAGUGGGAGGCAAUGCCACUGCGAUUUCAUUUUUCAGUCAGCAUGGAUGCACAACCAAUGCUGCCAACACCAAGUACAACAGCCGGGCUGCUCAGCUGUACAGAGAGAAGAUAAAGACUUUAGCCACACAAGCCACCAGAAGCCAUGGCACUGAGUUGUGGCUCGACAGUCAGGCGCCUCUCUCCCCGACAUCACCACCAGAAGACAAGCAGGUGGAUUUCUUCAGUCUGCAUUCACAGGGUCUGCCUGAAAAUUUGAAUAUGGCCAAAAUGAGUCUCAGCUCCUCCACAUCAGAGAAGCCUGUAACCGGGGGGAAAGAGGAAGACAACAAUGGUAAUUUAGACGAGGGUCCUAGUGUGGAUAUGCUGAGUGUUUCCCCAAAACAAAACCCAGAGCUUUCCUCUCUUCUUAAGAAGAAGCCAACUGCUGCCAAGAAAACCUUGGCCUCUAAGAAGGGCGGUCUGGGCGCUCAGAAGGUUAGCAGUAAGAGCUUCUCAGAGCUGGAGAAGAAGGCUCAAGCUGCCGACAAGCUGAGAGAGAGAGAUGAGAGCACUGGUGCUGCCAAGAAGAACUACAAAUCUGAGGAAUCCAUCACUCCAUCCCUGCGACUGGCCUGUAAAGAUUUUGAGCAGCAGAGGAAAAUAGAGGAGAAGAAGUUGAAGGGAUUAGAGGGGAAUAAGAAAGAGCAAGCAGAGAGACUGGGCAUGGGUUUGGGCAUGAGGAGUACAGUGUCUCACUCUGUGACCGCGGACAUGCACAUCAUCCAGCAGGAGAGUCCCCUGGGAGCCAAGACCACCAAAGCACGCCGGUUCACUGAGGACGAUGAUGACGGAGGGUCCUUCAGCUCUAGGGUCUUGUCCCGGUUCGAGGAGCAGGCGGAGACCUCAGACAGUUUCUCCUCGCGCUGGGAUGAUAAAGGCGAGGGAGGAGGCUGGAUGAAGGAGAGCAAGAAACCAGAGCCGGACUUCUUCUUGACCUCCUCUAUAUCAUCACUGAAUGACAGGCCCACAUCCAGAAGAAAACCAGAAGCCGUACCGGUGUCAGACACAGGAGAAGCUCAGAAGAAAUUUGGAGUUGACGUGAAAGCCAUCUCCUCUGACAUGUACUUUGGAAAGCAAGAUAACUCUGAGUACGAGGCCAAAACACGGCUGGAAAGAUAUGCUGGGAGUGCAGCUAUAAGUUCAGCAGACCUGUUCGAUGAUCCAAAGAAACAAGCUGCAAGCUCGUAUCGUCUGACCAACGUGCUGCCCAGUGCUCCUGACAUGUCGCAGCUCAAACUGGGAGUGCGCUCAGUCGCAGGAAAACUCUCCGUCAUGGCCAGCGGCGUAGUCAGCUCAAUUCAGGAUCACUACAGCACUUGAGUCAUGACGUGUGUCCUCUUCAGCGUCCUUGUAGUCAUCCUCCUGUUUAACCGAGUCAGAUUCCCAGUGAGUGGUGGCAACUCAUCCUGGGAGCAAAGGAAGUGCAAAUCUGCUCCGUGACGGCAUCAAAAUUGACCCCCCCAAAUAACCCUGUAUACAUCUAUAUCUAGUUUUUUAUCCGAUAAUGUAUAUACAGUUGUUAGACUCAAAAGGAUCAAGCACAAUAUUUUUUUGUGGACUUACGUUCCCUCGCUGGCAUCUUAAAGGGAGAUCUCUGUGCAUAGCUUUGCCGUUUAUUGCUUUUGUUUUGCUCUGAGGGGUUUAAAUAUUUAGAAGUAAUAUAUGUAGCAGAGAGUUUAUGGUGUUUUGAAGGAUAGUUUUUGAUUCCUUUAGUUGAUGAGGUUGUUGUUUGAAAGUGUCCUUUCCGUCCUCAAAGUGCUCUUAUGUUUGCUCCUCCACAGACAGGGCCAACGCUUGAUAAAGAGGCCUUGGGAGGACCAGAUAUAUAUUAAUCAUGCACACUAUCAAUUAUGUAAAUUAAAAAUUGGCUUCAUUGUCUUGCGAAUAGUUAUUCUUUGUUCUCGUAGGCCAUCUGUUAUUAUAACAGGAUACGAUGGCGUGAAACCUCAGCAGCUAUUAUGAAGUGAGUUUUCUUCCGAGACUACGAUGAGAAGAUCGAUGCCACUCAGGAUAGUGGUUUUAAGCUUCUCGUCCGAGUGCGUUCCUUUUUAUUCCCGACUUAACGACAUUAGAAAGACCCGGCUCGAUGUAGGACAGUUGCACCAUGUGUGUAGUUUUGUUUUUUCUUCUCAAUCCUGUUGCUUGGAAUCAGACUCUUUAAGACGUUCAAUAAUAUGUUGUAUAAGAUGUAUUCAAUUUCAAGGGGUGCCUUUUUUGGUUUUAAUUUGUCGCUGCUUUUUGUUGUUAUUUGUGUUUACACGUCUGCUGUGACUUUCUACGUUGCCCCCCCAUUUGGUCAUAAAUUGAAUGGCAGUGGGACCUCUUUGUAGCUUUCAGGCCCCGUUGUACAGCAACACAUGUCCACUUCAAAUAUGAAUGUAAAGAUUCCCUUUAAAGCCUUCAUCUUUUUGUUGCGAUAA